CCUAUGUGUAGGGAUAAAUGCAAAGCAGAGUAUAUAGUCAAGUCAAUUGUUUGUUUGUAGCGGAGAAGCCGCUGGAUGUUUUGAGCUGAUUUGAAUUUCCCAGAACCAUGUCACCUGAUGGCAGGUACACUGGAACUGUUCCGAAGACUAGUACACAUAAAGGGUCUACACGGAGAGAUACAUCUGCUUUGCGAAGGCAGGAACACAGAAGCAAUGUACCUAAUAACCUUGUAUCACAAGAUAGCAGAUAUACAGGCAGCAUAUCGCAGCACAGUCAAAGGCAUACACGAAAAGCCAGCAAUACUCGAACUGAGAGUUUAGAUCCAGGUCCUGUUGACUGUACUAGUAUUGGGACACAUCAUCUCCUGCACGCUGAAGAAUUACAGGGAAAUUGGAGUGUCCACAAUUUUCUCCCAGCAACCAUGAAUGGCCAUGAAGCAACAGCAGCUCGCAAUAUGGUUCAAGAUAAGGACAGUAAGAGUAAUAUAUCAAAGCCUGAUCGUGCCCAAGUUGUUAGUCGUCUGAAUCAGAUUCGAGACUACAUUAAACAAACAACCACAUUGAUGGACGCCUUGAAAGCCUCAGGUGACCCGCGCCAAGAAGCACAACGUCAGAAGUUGUCAGGAAUGGUGGAAGAUUUGCGUGACAGUGAGAGCAAACUCCAGUCGUUGGCUGACAAGCUCGAACGUGCUGAACGUCGUCUUUCACACUGCGAGCGCCAGAACAGUUCAGAGACUGGUAGUUGCGCCUCAUCCACUCGAAGUUAUAGUCAUUCAGAAGAACGUGAGAGACGGAGCACAUCAUUGGUAAGAGCUGCUGCCACAGCAAAACACAAUGAGUUAAAGCUUAUGGUAGAGGAGUCUCAGAGAAAGUUGCAGGCACUACAAGAACAUCAGGCAGCCCUGGUGGCAUUGCAGCAGAAAGCAAAAGAACAGUUACAAAAAGCAAAGGCAGCACAAAAUACUGUAUCUUCAAUAGAAUCAGGAAUUGGCACAGGUGAUCAGCCACAAAGUAGCUCGGAUGUCCUCAGAGAUGUGCAGAAUCUUCAACAUCGAAUAUCAGUCUUGCAUGAAUUUUAUGACAACAGAAAUCAGAUAGUAGAGCUGUUAGGUGAACGGGACGAAGCAUUACUUUCUGAGCACACAGUUUUACAAGACAAGUUGACAGAACUGCAAGUGAAGAAACGACACAUGGAUCAGCUGUUGGCACAGUUCUCAGCUCUAAACAAUUCAGAUGCUAACGAUGAGGCUGGUGAGACAGGCAGUUUAGCAGAAGGUAGUGAUGGUGAUGUGGAUGUGGUCGUGGAGCAGGUCCAAAACAGAAUGGCUGAGUUCUCAUCACUUAAAAGCCAGCUGGCUCAUCUUCAGAACGUUGUUGCCACUAUUAAUCUUGACUCAUCUGGUGGGGACAGAGACAAUCCUGAGCAGAAUGAAGCAGAGCAGGAGAAUGAACUUGCAGUAAAUCUUUGUGUUCGUAACAAACCUGAUAACAUCAGCAGUGAAGGUGAACGGGAGAGAGCACGUGACAUCCACAAUAAAGCAAUCAAACUACAAGAAGCAAGGGCACGGCUGCAACAUUUGCAACAGCUUCUUGCAACAGUAGUUGAUUUCCAGAGCAGUGGACAGUCUGUGCCUCAACAUUACCUUGACCAGCUGGCACAAGAGACAGCUAGUGAUGAUGGGAGCAAAGAAGCAGCUCCCCAUGACAGUCCGGCAGAGGUGACUUCACAGGCAGAACAGGAAAGGCAUUCAUUUGAAAGGCCUCCUCUGAAAGAAAAACGAACUAACACGCAGGCUGAUGCACAACGAUUACAAGCAAGACGGCGUGAAUUGGAGCAGUUGAUGCAAAAGGAUCAGUGCCAGUCAUCAUCUGUGAAUCAGAGUGAACCAGGUUGUGGCACUGGUGAUACUGGCACAAGUAAUGCGACAUGGGGGAACUCCACACAGAUUACUCUGGAGGACCUGGAUGAUGGCAGAGCAGGAUUCUCUAGUGAUGAUAACCUGUGUGAAGAAAACAAUGACAUCCCCUCAGUUUCUUCCCAGCGUAAUGCAAGACUCAGUUGCAGUGGCAGUAAUCGCAAAGAUAUAUUAGAGCAUAACACAUCUUCUUCAAACAGGGAUGCUGUAGAUAUGUCUUUGGAUUCAAGUAUGCCUGGAUCUGCUGCUCGUCCAAGUUCACAGAAUAUCUGGAGGAAAAUCUCUUCUGGAAGCAAUAAUGCUGCACCAAGAGCAGUUUGGACUCCUUCAUCACAGCACUGUAAUGUUCCUGAGGACACUGGUAGCACAGCAAAUUUUGGAACAAAUCAUGAUGGAGAAGCCAAUUCUACCAACCACAGCAAUUACAAUCCGUGGCAACAUGCUCUCUUGCUGGAACAGCAACAGCAACAACAACACCAGCAGUACAAUGCAAAUAGUUAUUACCAACAACUUUGGGCAGCAAGUCAAGUGCAACAACAGCAAGCUUUGCUUACAACUGUUAAUCAGUGCUGUCAAAUGCUAUGGUCUCAACAGCGGGAAAUUGCAUCACUACGUGCUGCUGUGAGUGCACUACAACAAGAACGAGUCGGGACCAGAUUGGAGACACAGCUGCCUCUUUCAAAUGAGCUUCUGAAUGAGUCUUCCACAAUUCAGAACGCCAAACCAGUUCCUGCUGUUAAUAAUGGUGGUCCAUACAGUUCUGGAUUGCCUACGGAUAGCGUUGCAAGUGCACACUCACUCCCUAACUUGGUGGUUCCUUCAGCGGCUCCUGUUCAUACUCUCCCUCUUCCUGUACCAGUGCCAGCUCCACCUCCUCCACCGUCUUCCGUUGUGCGAUCACCACAAGCACUGAAUAACCAAGUACCACCAGGAAACCGCGCCAAUAACUACUGGGACAAUUUCCGGAGCUACUCUAGGCAAAAUCUUUUGUCAACAUCUACAAAAACAAAUGAAGUGCUCUCUGAACGAUCUCGAAAUGCUUUACAUUCUUCUUGUCGUCAAGCGAGCCAGCAAAAGCCAGUAGCAUCCUCAGCUAUUUCUCCAGAUCAUUCUGUUGUAGCAGCAAGUUCAUCAUCACUGCCCUGCAAAGAGAAGUUGAACACUAAAUGUCUUGAUGGAAAUGUUGGAAAUGUUAGUUUGCCUGGAAGGUGGCCUAUUCAAGAUCAUACCAACAAUUCAUCAGGGAAUACGGGACAUCAAGUAAAUCGGCAUAAACAAAAGAAGUCAUCAAUGGAGCAGUCACUUGGUGAAGUUUUAUACUCUGAAUUUACUGCACUAGUUGCUGCAAAUGAGAACCAACAACAUUUCCUCUUACAGCUGUUUGAAAAUUUGAAACAAGUCAAUUCAGAACCACUGCGCCAGGGCACUCUUCAAGUGUUACAAAAUUUUCUUUCCCAGCAAUCUCACAACAAUAAUCCUUUGAAUAGUACCCAGUCAACUGAAAUGCCACAUCCACAAAGUGAUACAAGAACUACUGAAAAUGCCACUACUGAAAGUGUUGCGUCGAGCACUGGGGAUGUUGUUAUUAAGAGUGAAGUUUCUGGUUGUUCAGAUUUGUUUUCUUGUGAAUAUGAUGACAAUAUUGAGGGAGCAGCAGCAUUGGCACCUCAACAUGCUGUGUGGAACAAUAAGGAUGCCUUUGACCUCACUUUGCAAGUUGGCUAUGGGCAAAAGCUGGACUGGGAAGUGCAAGCAGUUCUAGUUGAUAUUAUCCCUUUUCUAAAAGCUCAUCUAGAUGAUAUAUGCACUCCUGCACUACUAGAAGCAGUACGAGAGUUGGCAGUGCAUCUGCCGCCUACACUUUCUGUUGCAUCUAAUGUUGUAGCUGCCACUGCUGGUGGUGAUUCCCAUGGCCAACUUGAUGCUUUGCUUGAAGAUGCUUUACUCAAAUUUCAAGGUUGUCGACUGCGAGAUGUUGGGGAAGAAUUGCUCACUGCAAUUACUGAAGUUGUGCAGAGUGAACUGACCUUUUUGCGUUUUGUGGACACUGUUCGGAGAGACGAGGAGCCAUCUGGACCUGUGACCACUGAGAAUAUCACAGAGACUUUCAGCGUGGCAGACAAUCCAGAACCAGCUGAUCCUGUGACCACUGACAAUAUAGCAGAGAAUUUUACCACAACAAACAACCAGGAAGCAACUGAACCUGCCAGCACUGAAAAUAAUGCAGAGAGUUUUCCUUCAGCAAUCAAUCAGGGCCAUGGAGAAACUGUGGCACCAGAGGACUGCAAUCGUGAUUUGGCAGAAGCUGACCAGUCAUGCCCUGAUGACUGUGUUGAUAUCCAGCCCCAUAUAUCCGAUUCUGCUGUACCUACUGAAUGCAGUAAUGAAUUGCAGGUUGGCUAUGGACAAAAGCUGGACUGGGAAGUGCAAGCAGUUCUAGUUGAUAUUAUCCCUUUUCUAAAAGCCCAUCUGGAUGAUAUAUGCACUCCAGCAUUGCUAGAAGCUGUGCGAGAGUUGGCAGUGCAUCUGCCACCUACACUUUCUGUUGCAUCUAAUGUUGUAGCCACCACUCCUGCUGGAGGUUCUCAUGGGCAGCUUGAUGCUUUGCUGGAGGACGCUUUACUCAAAUUUCAAGGUUGUCGACUACGAGAUGUUGGAGAAGAAUUGCUCACUGCAAUUGCUGAAGUUGUGCAGAGUGAACUGACCUUUUUGCGUUUGGUGGACACUGUUAGGAGAGACUCUGAGGAACCAACUGAACCUGUGACCACAGAAAAUAUUGCAGAGACUUUUACCUUGGCAAACAAGCAGGAACCAGCUGAACCUGCCUCCACCACUGAAAAUAUUACAGAGACUUCUUCCACAGUGACCAGUCAGGAUUCUCCUGAACUAUGGAUCAUUGAAAGUAUUUCAGAAGCGUCCAACUCACUAAAUGAUCGGGAACACAUGGAAACUGUUGCUCCAGAGGACUUCAAUGGAGAUUUGGCAGAAGCUGACCAGUCAUGCCCUGAUGACGGUGUCGACGUCCGGCUCCAUACACCUGUUCCUGCUGCACCUUCCGAAUGCAGUAAUGAAGCCGAGGCCCACUGGGAGAUGGAUCAGUCUUUAGACCAAAUUCCAUCUCGACUUCUUAACAGCUUUCAUGGUGUUGAUAACUCAUCACCAUCAUGUUUGUGAAGUUGUAGCUGGCUCUAGUACACCUAUAUAUUUUUGGAAGACUGGUUAUUUAUAUUUAUUAAGUUGUUUUUGUGUACUAUGGGCAACAUGAGUGUCCUGCUUCCUCAUAAGAUAUAUUGACCAAAUAAAUUUAUUUCUCCCAUUUUUGAAUGGCUCUCUUGUUUAGUGAAGUCUUCUCUCAGUUGUAAAUUACAAGAGAAGAGAAUCAAAUUUUAUUUGUACAUAAAAGAGGUGACAAAGAAAAUAAUGAUCAUGCCAGCAGGAACACUCAGAAAUAAACACUGAAUCUCAGUCAUCAAAAAUCUUGAUAAAAUGACAAAAUAAGAGUGAGAGCAAAUACUAUUCAUGGUUUGUUAAUCAUUGUACUAUGGCUAGUGUAACUUCCAUAUACUUCCAUCUUCUUGCAGUGUGCAGUUCAAAAAUGUAUCCUUGUGUCGGUGUUCAUUUAUCUCAUCUUUUUCGUGCACAUCAUUAAUAGGGUGUCGUGUUAUUUUUCCAGCCUUUUUUAAAGCACUCUCAGUAUUUGUAACUGGCCAAGUUUCUUGCAGGGCACAUUCUGAAGUACAAAACCAAACUACUAGAUGCCUUGAAUAGCCCAAAUUAUUUGUCUCUCUCUUGAAAUAAAAGCACGUCAUAAA